AUGAGUAGAGUUGAGGUUCCUGCCUCAAGAAAUAUAAUAGAUUCUACAGACAAAUUCAUUACCGAUCAGGUAUUUCCUUCACGAGAAUCUGUGUUUGAAUGGGCAAAAACCAUUGGAAGAGAAAAUGGAAUUUUAAUUGUCAUCAUUCGUUCAGAUAAAUUGCAGAGAGUGAAGAUUGUAGGUACUGACAAAACAAUAUGUGGUUGCUCAAUCAGAACAACUCAUGGAUUACCAUGUGCUUGUGAGUUGGCAAAGUUGCAGAUAUCUGGUAAUGUUAUCCCUUUAGAUAGCAUUCAUGUUUUUUGGAGAACGUUAAGCCUUGAGAAUUUUCUUGAGGAUGAAGAAUCUUUAUCAGAUUAUGACUUUUCAGAAGAGUUAGAAGCAAUGAAAGCAGAAGAAUCUGCAAAACAACCAUCUCAACGUUCUGCAAGGCAACCAUCUCAUUCAUCACAGUAUUCUGCAAAACAACCAUUUUACACACAUUUUCCUACUCUUAUACAUCCGUAUAUUGAGGAGAUAAUAGAUGUGGUGGCUGAUGGAAAUUGUGGGUUUCGCGCAAUUGCAGCAUUGUUAGGUUGGACUGAAGAAUCUUGGCCUUUAGUUCGAACACAAUUGGAUAAAGAGAUUCGUCUACAUCAAGACCUUUAUGCUAAUGUGUUCGAUGACAGUGUUGAAUCAGUGCGAAACUCAUUGAACAUAUCAGGACUGGGUGCUCAAGGACAAGAUAAGUGGAUGUGUUUACCAGACUUAGGUUACGUGAUAGCAACACGAUAUAAUAUCAUAUUGGUGUCGUUGUCUCGUAAUCUGAAUAUGACAUUCUUUCCGCUAAACAAAGCACUGCCGUCAAAAGAACGUUUACUAGCCAUUGGAUUCGUCAAUGGAAAUCAUUGGGUACAGAUCAAGUUGAAGUCUAAUUGUCCUUUGCCACCUAUCUCACAAAAAUGGAAAGACUAUUGUAGUGAAUGUGCAAAGACAUGGGAAAUAGCUUGUGCAGCACGUAUGAAGUAA